AUGAAUAAUUAUUAUGCUCGAUUGCUCAAGAUUUAUGUCGUAACACCCUUGUUCUUCACUGUGAUUCCAGUGACUCUGAUCAUCAUUGUUCUGCAAGGAAUGAUUCGAAACAUUCGUCAACUUACACUGAACAGUUGUCAACAAGAUCGGUUCGAACGACAAAUUCGUCGAAUGUUGAUUGUUCAACGAAUUCUCCUCGCAGCAUCAGGAUUUCCAUUUGCAUUGGAAUCCGCUUAUCUCCAUGCCACAAGCACAACACAAAAGUCAAGUCUUCACAAGACAGUUGAAAAUCUUUUUUUACAGAUCCUUCGCUUCGUUUUCCAUAUGAAUUUCGUUGGAACGUUGUAUUUUUAUUUAUAUAUUUCGAGUGAGAAGUGCGAAAAAUACUCCAAGAGUUAUUUAUGA